AUGACAGAGGUGGGUUUGAUUGCAAGCACCAUGUGUAACAAGACAUACAGUGGCCAAGACUUGGAGGACAUUUACAAAGGUAUUGAAGUGAGAAUCGUCGACGAAAACCACCGAGACGCCCCUCGUGGAACCAGCGGCGAAAUAAGCGUGCGUUCGCCGACCAUCUACGCCAAUUGCUACGUGGACAACGAAAGAGCUUCUCGAGAAGCGUUUGAUGCAACUGGUUGGUUCUGUACUGGUGAUAUCGGUGUUAUGAACUUGACUGGCAGGAUAACAAUCAGCGGACGUAAAGAUGACAUGAUCAAACGAGCGUCUGUUAAACUAUUUCCUGCCGAAAUCGAGGCAAUCCUCAAACAACACCAUGCUGUCAAAGAUGUCGUUGUCAUUGGUGCACCGGACGUUCGGUUUGGUGAGGAAAUUUGCGCGUGCGUCAUUCUUGAUGAAAUGUCUUCACCUGCUGACGUUAAAGAGUGGUGUAAAGAAGAGUUUCCCAUUGGACGUGACGGUUUGUCUCUUGCACCGGCUUACUAUGUCACCUUUUGCGAAUUUCCUACUACUAGUAAUGGGAAAACCAACCGAAGAUUGAUCAAGCAAACGGCUUUGGAAAAGCUCCAAUCGUAG